AUGCCUGAAAAUGUAUUGAACGGAGACCACGCCGUUGAUGGAGUGCCGCAUGAGAAUGAGGAGGAAAACGUUGAAAAUGACGUACAUUUUGAUCCCAUUAUAUCGUUGCCAAUUAUCGAAGUGUCAAAUAACGAGGAAGAUGAAACUGAGUUGAUAAAACUGCGAGCGAAACUGUAUCGGUAUGAUUCAGGCGAUGGGCUUUCCAAAUGGAAGGAAAGAGGCACUGGGGAAGUUAAAUUGUUAAGGCACAAGACCAAAAGUACUGUCAGAGUAGUCAUGCGUAGAGAUAAAACGCUGAAAAUAUGUGCAAACCAUUUUGUUACUCCAUGGAUGGAACUGAAACCAAAUUGUGGCAGUGAUCGGGCUUGGGUGUGGAGCGUCUUAGCUGAUUAUGCUGACGAGCAACUGAAACCAGAAUUACUCGCGAUCCGAUUUGCAAAUGCUGAAAACGCAACCAUGUGGAAAGACGCUUUUGAAAAGGCUAAGAAAAUAGUGGGAUCAGAAUGUGAAAUCUAUGCUGGCAAAGCGAGUAUUGAUGACCAAAAGGAUGACAGUUCUAGCGAUGCAAGCUACAGUGAUGUUAGCUACUGUGAGAGUAGUGACAAUGAAAAUUUAACCAAGGAAUCUAAAGAAACGAAAGAAGAUAGAAAAGAGGGAAAGGAGCCAUCCAAGCAAGAGGUUCCGGUGGAAGGAUCUACAGAAAACAAAGUAGAUGAGGAAACUAAAGAAGUAGCAGGGCAGUUAGAGAAGCUGACAGUUCAAAGCGUUGAUCAAGCCAAACAACCUCGAAAUAAUGAUCUUCUUCUGGAUGUAUGGAGCGUAUGGUCUGACAUUCUGGCGUUCGACACAGGAAUACAGGAAACGGCUAAUCAGCAAUACCUUAGUAUUUUACACCAGUGA